AUGCGCGAAAAAGACCAGUCUAAAUGUAAGAUUGCUACGCGACAUACACAUUGGAUAAAGUUGCUCACACAGACAAACAUGUUUCCACAAGACUUUGCGUGGGGAGCGGGAACUGCUGCAUAUCAAAUAGAAGGUGGCUGGCAGGCAGACGGCAAGGGACCAAGUAUCUGGGACACGUUUAGUCACGAGAAAGGCAGAGUGUUUGGGGAGCAAAAUGGAGACGUGGCCUGUAACAGCUACGAGAUGUGGGAGAAGGACCUGGAGUGUAUCCAGCAGCUUGGACUGACGCACUAUCGUCUGUCUCUCUCCUGGGCCCGCCUUCUGCCUGACGGGACGACACGACAUGUCAAUCAAAAAGGUGUCCAGUACUACAACAAGGUGAUUGAUGAUUUGCUGGCCUGCAAUGUAUCACCUAUGGUCACACUUUACCACUUUGACCUGCCUCAAGCUCUCCAAGAUGAGGGUGGCUGGAAAUCAACGGACAUAGCGAGGCUAUUUGACAGCUAUGCCAAGUUUUGCUUCCAAACAUUUGGUGACCGUGUCAAACUUUGGAUCACAAUCAACGAGCCCUAUGUGUGCGCCAAACUGGGCCAUGAAGACGGCAUCCAUGCCCCGGGGUUAAAAGAACUGGGGAUUGCUGCUUAUCUUGUGGGACAUAACAUGCUGCGUGCCCACGCUAUGGCCUGGCACAGCUACAACUCCUUCUACAGGACUAGGCAGGAGGGAGCGGUGUCUCUGGCCAUCAACAGCGACUGGCUGGAGCCUUUACACACAGGUUGCACUGAGGAUAUCGCUGCCACUGAACGGCACCUUGCAUUUACACUUGGUUGGUUUGCCUGGCCUGUGUUUGUAACUGGAGAUUAUCCAGAAAUGAUGAGAUCUGCCAUUGACGCUCAAAGUAAAAAGUUGGGAUACAAUGGCAGCUCAAGACUGCCCACUUUCUCAAAGGAUGAGCCAAGCGUUUUGGGCACAGCUGACUUCUUUGCGUUGAACUACUAUACGUCUCGCAAUGUCAAGCCAGGAGGAGAAUGUGGAAAUUUGUUGUGUAUGAAGAGCGACAAAGAUGCAGGAGAAGUUUUGGAUCCGUCCUGGCCUAUCUGUGGUGUGUCCUGGCUUGCUGUGGUGCCACACGGCUUAAGGAAACUUCUCAAGUACAUAAAGGACACUUUCAACAACCCAGCAGUCUACAUUACAGAGAAUGGCUUCUCUCAGGUGGGGCCGCUGCAGAUGGACGACGUCCAGCGCUCAGGGUUUUACAAGGACACCAUCUUGGAAGUGGCUAAAGCUAUACGAGAAGAUGGGGUCAAGGUCCGUGGAUAUUUCGCAUGGUCACUGCUUGACAACUUUGAAUGGGCUGAUGGCUUUAGUGUUCGUUUUGGAUUGUUCCAUGUGGACUUCGGGGACGCAAAGCUAAGCCGAACCAUAUAUCAGUCUGGACGGGAGUAUGCAAAGAUUAUCUCAAAAUACAAAUGUGGUCAACCCAGAUGAGACGACAAAGAGAUAAUAAAAAUGUUUCGAAUUAGCAAUUUUCUGCAUUUUCUUUUUGUCUCACUCACACAUUCAUACAAAUUAGAUUAGUCAGUCCUGUUCAAGUAACGGACUAAGCAUCCUUUUUUUUGUAGAUCUAAAAUUUAAAGCAUCACUAUUGUCUCUGGAGUUAUUUUCAGAUGAGAAAAUGUUCAGGGUCAUUAAUAAAAAGUUUACAGGGGACGUGAGGGCAUGGCUGAAAAGUGUUAAAUUCAUUCAAUGGGAUGCAAAUUAGUAUUCCAUCCUGCCCAGUUCCCAGUCAAUCUGUACAAGGUGCUUUGUGGAGAGAGUCCCUCACUCAGAAGGCCCAGGCAGCUGUAACACCAAGCUGCUGCAGUGCAGCCACUGCACAGCGCUGCAGAAGGAUGUGUAUGAAUGCGCUGUAUUUGUCAGUGAUUAAUAGCAAUUUUAAUUGUGGUGUCAUCUUUUAAUAACAGCAUUGUUAUGUGCCUGGGUAUAUGCAUUCAACUUACGUGCAGAGCAGUCUUAUUUUCUCUGUAAAUCUGCCUGUGAGUCAGUCUUUGUCUUUGAUA